AUGUCGGACUUUAGCUACGACAGCGAUAGCGUGAGCCCUCCGGAAUCUACAGAGGUGGACUACCAGUUUCCACCACCGGACCUCCACCAAAGCACCUCUUGGAACGCACCUUCACCUACGCCGAGUUACCCUCUCAUCUCUCCCACAGAGUCACUCUUCACACUGCCGGACUUGAGCCAUGUCGAAGAACUGGCCGAGGAUGCUGAAGAUGGUGGCGGCUACGCUGCGGAAUCAUGGACGAACUACACAGCAGUUACUACAGUAUCACGGCCAACGUCUUAUUAUCCAGACCUAGCCAUGAUAGCGCCAUGUCCGGUAACAUCACCUCUAUUCGAAUUCCACUCCCCGGCAUUUUCAGAGUUCACGGAUCGCCCCAACCGACGAGCUCUCGUAGAUCACUUUUGUAAUAUCCUCUCCCACCUAAUUGUCUUUCGUGAAGAGAGCGGGAACCCGUUCCAGCAGUUGGUGUUGCCAUUGACACGGCAGAGCUCGCCUGUGCUCAACGCCAUCUUUGCUCUUGCUAGCGCCCAUUUGGAAUAUCGAGGGGUCCAAAACGAGGAGCAUUCUCUCUUCUUCCACAACCAGGCCAUUCAGGGACUUGGACGUCUAAUAGAGCAAAGUGCCAAGUCGAACCGGAAUGAAAUUCUGGCGACUAUCAUGCUGCUCAUCUACUAUGAAGUGCUGGUUCAGAGAGGACGAUCGAACCUUGUAGAUGGUCACUUAAAAGGGGCACUUACCAUCAUGUGCACCAACCCCGAACCAUCAGACUCUACCAGCAUUUUUCUCGAACGGGCCUUCCGCUUCUACGACGUAAUAGCCGCCCUCUCCAACGGCCGCGCCCCCCUCUCUGCCGCUCCCACCGCCGGCUGCCUCAUGCCCUUCCCACCUCUCGGCGCCCCCAUCGCCUCCCCCUUAUCCAACGUCGACACCCUCCUCGGCAUGGCCACCACUUUGUGGCCCAUCAUCCACCGACUCUCCAGCAUCGUCACUCUGAAAACCGACCUCCAAGCCGCCAUCUGGAGCAACGCUUCGGCUUCCAAGAUCGCCGUCCUGCGAACAGAACUUGAAUCAACCACGCAAGCCAUCGAAGCCGCCCUAUCGCGCUGGAAACCUCAACUACCACCCGGGUUUGUCCCAGAUAGAGAAGAUGAAGAAGAAGAAGAAGAAGAAAUCAACGAGACUCGCCACCACCACUCAACGAAAAUCGACGUCAUGUCUCCGACGGUGGCUGAACGAAGUCGUCUCCACAGCAUCUGGCACAACGCCCUCGCCUACCGGCACUCCGCCUUCGUUUAUCUGUAUAGGAGCGUGCACGGCUAUCCGCGCUCGCACAGGGCCGUGCAGGAGCACACUCAUCGGUCUCUGCUGCAUUGUGCCGCGACGGUGAAGCAUGAGGGGCCCAUGGGUGCUUUGCUGUGGCCGCUGUUUGUGGCGGCGUGCGAGGCUGUAGGAGAAAAUGAUCGGGGCUUGGCGGAGCAAGCGUUUGAGAAGGUUAGGAAGAGGCAGGGGAUGAGGAAUAUUGAGAGGGCGUGGGAGAUUGUGAGGGAGGUGUGGAGGAGGGCGGAUGGGGCUGAGUCUGGGUCUGGAUCUGGGGAGAAGGGCGCGGUGGCGGGGAGGUCGAAGGGGCAGGAGGAGUUGGGCAUGGGGGAGAUGUCGCUGGGGGAGAUGGGAACGGGAGGGGAUUUGUGGAGGCAGGUUAGUAGGGAGAUGGGGGUUAGUGUUGUUUUUGGGUGA